AUGGACGGUAAAAGGCGAAAUGCCCUCUCCGAUUAUCUCUCGUUUUGUUGGAACCGUAAGCUAGCAUCUACGGAUGGUGGAAGUGGUGGUGGUGGUCGACGUCGCAAAGUGAGCUCUUCUCAAAGGCAGAACGCCUCUCCAAAGGCCCGGGGUAACGUCGAUGGGAGUUGUAGUACCAUUCAAGAAGAAAGUCUUCGCUCAGCCCCCUCCCCGGCACGCUUGAGUCAUCGUCAUCGAUGUUGUCGCAGACACCACUGUUAUCAACACCGAUACCACCACCAUCAUCAUACGCACCGACAUCAUUAUCACAUCCAUCAUCAUUGUCAGCAGCAUUUACAUCGAUGUAGUCGAGCGAAUGCUGCUGUGAUUGGUUCGGGUGUCUUUACAACGUCGAGAGCGUCGUCAAACUCCUCCACUGGACGUUUGAAUCCGCAACUCCCAAAGCUGACUUUUACGCCAGCAGAAAUUGCUCCUGCAUCUGUUUGCUAUCGAAUGACUAUCAACAACCAACCCAUUGAAUCAGGCGCUUCUAAACAAGACGCCCUGUCCGUUUUUCAACCGGAUAAUUUUGCGAAUGAAGACAAAUCCCCCAAUCGGCUUAUGAUGACUCGUCGUUAUCGUCACGAUAUUUUGGCCUCCUCUAUCCUCGAUUCACCAACAGGCGACUGUUCUUCCUUAGCCUCCUCCUGUUCUCCCUGUCCUGGAGCGAUCGCUUCUUAUCCAUCCCUUUUCGCCACUUCAGCUCUCUCUUCACCCAUCUUACCUACAGCAAAUGAUCUCACCUCAAUCCUUCUUCAAUUCGCUGAGGGCAUUUCACCUAAACCCCCCGAUGGUAUCGACCCGUCCACUCCCCUACAUGUUAUGCCAUCAUUUCACGAGAUGUCACCCAUGAGGAGAAAAUGGCGAACAGUGAAAAUUGCGACCAAGGGGUUGACAAACACUUCUUCCACCACCGCUGCUCAUCUCGAUACAAAUGGUGUUGGUGAAAAGCGGACGACAAGUCGUUUGAAGGAAGAAGAGACUUUUCAUAUUGCAGAGGAUGCUCUACAAUUUGGAAUGGUGCAUUUGGUCCCAUGUCCACAUCUGAUGAAGGCGGUGGUUGAUCCGGAUAAAAGUUCGAUGUAUGGUCGGGGCCAUGGUCAACUAGCUAAAGUUCAUGAUGCUGGCCAAAAGAUUUUCGAUCUCGGUCCCGUGUCGAAACUUAGCCAUGGCCCAUCGCAAUUGUCGUCACACGGCCACACUCCUCCCCAUAAUCAUUCAACUAUAGUCACCGCAGUAACUGCUAGCAGUGGUGGAGGCAGCGUCUCCUCUUUCCUUUCUUCAGGCUUUCGAGCAGUGACAAGUGGAUUUGGGCGUCCUAGAGAACGCCGCCGAUCAGUCAGCACACCAUGUGGAAAUGAGGCCCCUGGAAACGCCAAUAAUGAAGGAGUUGUAUGUGGAAAUACUGUUUUAAAUACACCUUCGUCCUCUAUACCAGGAUCUUCAAGGGGUUCUGAUUUUGCCCACUCGAUCUGUGCUCUUCCUGGUUCAGGAAUCUCACAACUAGUAGGUCCCGGAUAUUCAACCGACACAGCAUCUAAAGCUUCAACACCCCCUUUCGUCACAGAUGAAGCAGAUGGUCUCUGUGCCGCCAACGGUGGUGGUGGUGGUGGUCUCAAUUCAGAGUCCGUUUUGCCCUGUCUCCGAGUCGCAAGUCUCUCGCAAAUGAUGCAGUUGGCCAGUGCCAGCAAUCGUCGUGGUUAUCCCUACAUCCCAAACCAAGAGGAGAAUUGUAAGAACUCAACUGAAACUGUGACCUCCUCUACUGUUGGUGGUUGUCAACUUCGUCAUUGGCAUCUACCUACGUGUCCACAUCGAUUGUGUAUCCCUCGACAGAAUCUCCCUCCUCCGCCUUCCUUGAUCCGGCGUCAUGCUAAUAAUAACUUCACUUCUACGGGUCCGCAUGUAUCCAUUACCAGUUCUAACACUCAGUUAGAGGACCACUUGUCUUUCAGAAACAGCUAUUUUCAACACCAUCACCAAUCAGAUUCAGUAGCUGCUCAACCUCCAGAAUUACGUCAUUUACCUGUGGAGCAUCCAAGAUUACAUCGGCAACAGCCAGCGACAAACCCUCCAGUCUCUCUUUCAUCGUUUCAAGGUGAUCGUCGGUCGGCCCUCGAUUUACCCUCCUACUUGGAGACCACAUCAGCCGCAGGUGUCGUCUGCAGUACUCCAGCAGCUACGGCUGAUAGUCGAUCAACCACGUGUCUGUCGGCGAGUAGUGCGUCUCAGAGACUUUCGCCGCCACCGACCUCAAAAUCAUUAGUUAAUACCACUACGACUGUUCGAAAAAACAAGCGCACUAUGUUGUCGCUCUUUGGUGGACGAACAACCACUUCGCUGUCUUCAAAUCAACAUCUUCAUCACCAAUUGAAUCAGCAUGGGAACUCCCACAAUCCCGUUAAUUCUGCUGGUACCUUUGUAACAGGCAGUGGUAGUGGUGGCGCCUCCUUCCCCUCUACUCCAGUACGUGAACCUUCAUCCUCAUCUAUCGUCAUGGCAACGACUUCAGUACAGGUCAAUUCGCCCACGCCUCCCCUAGCUACUAAUUUUACUUCUUUCUCCUCGAAUUCUUCUUCUGGAGGCUCUUCCUCAGUUCCUGCUGCAACCAAUGGCAAUGGAUGA